GGCACUUUCCAUUGAUUCUCCUAUAUAUACCAAUUGAUUCUCCAAUAUACAAAAUUACAAAGUGUCCCUCUCUUCGUAGUCCAACAAACUCCCCGGUUUCAGAGAGAUGAUCGGAGAAGGUAAGGUAGUCUGUGUUACAGGAGCUUCGGGAUUCAUAGCUUCAUGGCUCGUCAAGCUCUUGCUUCAGCGUGGCUACACUGUUCAUGCUACUGUCCGAUCCCUUGAUGAUCCUAAAAAGACAAAACACCUACUGGAUUUUGAUGGAGCUAUGGAAAGGCUUUCUUUGUUUGAAGCUAGCUUGCUUGAAGAAGGAUCUUUCGAAUCUGCUGUUAAUGGUUGUCAAUGUGUCUUCCAUACAGCAUCACCUAUUAUGUUUCCAGUUUCUGGCCAACAGGCACAAUUGCUAGAACCUGCAGUGAAGGGGACACUUAAUGUCCUUAAAUCAUCUGCAAAAGUUCCAUCUCUCAAAAGAGUGGUCUUGACAUCUUCCAUAGCUGCAGUUCUAUUUGGUGCAAAACCUCCUGAGUUUGGUGCUGUGGCGGAUGAAACCUGGUUUUCAGAUCCUGAAACUUGUGAACAAAGAGAGUUAUGGUAUCCCCUUUCGAAGACACUGGCUGAGAAUGCUGCAGUAGAAUUUGCUAAAAAUAAAGGUCUCGAGUUGGUGGUUAUAAAUCCCGGGUUUGUCAUCGGCCCUAUUUUACAACCAACUCUCAACAUCUCUUCUGAGGGCUUUAUCGGUUUAAUUGAAACUGGAACGGAAUUUCUCCCAUAUGAUUAUCAACUUGUUGAUGUGAGAGAUGUUGCUAAUGCUCAUAUUUUAGCAUUUGAGAACCCCCAAGCAAAUGGAAGAUACAUUAUGGCUGCAGAUGUAUAUCACUCUUCAGAUAUCAUGAAGAUCAUAAACCAAAACUAUCCCGCUUUUGACUAUUCUGAAAGGUAUAAAGACAGCAAGUAUGUUGGGACACCAAAUUACUUUGUAUCGAGAACAAAGGCAGAAAGUUUAGGCGUUAAGUUUACUACAGUUGAGGAAAGCAUCAAGGACACUGUUGAAAGCCUAAAAGAGAAGAAGUUUCUAAGCGUUAAUGAUUUUGAAUAUGAUUUUUUAGGAUUCUCCUAUAUACAAAUUUACAAAACGUCACGCUCUUCAUCUGCUCAAGUGUCGGACAAACUCCUCGGUUUCAGAGAGAUGAUCGGAGAAGGGAAGGUGGUCUGUGUCACAGGUGCAUCGGGAUUCAUAGCUUCAUGGCUCGUCAAGUUCUUGCUUCAACGUGGCUACACUGUUCAUGCUACUGUCCGAUCCCUCGAUGAUCCAAAGAAGACAAAACACCUACUUGAUUUUGAUGGAGCUAAGGAAAGGCUUUCUUUGUUUGAAGCUAGCUUGCUUGAAGAAGGAUCUUACGAAUCUGCUGUUAAUGGUUGUCAAUGUGUCUUCCAUACAGCGUCACCUAUUAUGUUUCCAGUUUCUGGCCAACAGGCACAAUUGCUAGAUCCUGCAGUGAAGGGGACACUUAAUGUUCUUAAAUCUGCUGCAAAAGUUCCAUCUCUCAAAAGAGUGGUCUUAACAUCUUCCAUAGCUGCAGUUCUAUAUGGUGUAAAACCUCCAGACUUUGGUGCUGUGGUGGAUGAAACCUGGUUUUCAGAUCCUGAAACUUGUGAACAAAAAGAGUUAUGGUAUCCCCUUGCAAAGACCCUGGCUGAGAAUGCUGCAGUAGAAUUUUCUAAAAAGAAUGGUCUCGAGUUGGUGGUUAUAAAUCCCGGGUUUGUCAUCGGCCCUAUUUUACAACCAACUCUCAACAUCACUUCUGAGGGAUUUAUUCGUUUAAUUGAAACCGGAAAGGAAAUAUUCCCAGAUGGAAUUUAUAGACUUGUUGAUGUGAGAGAUGUUGCUAAUGCUCAUAUUUUAGCAUUUGAGAACCCCCAAGCAAAUGGAAGAUACUUAUUAGUAGCAAACAUAUAUCACUCUUCAGAUAUCAUGAAGAUCAUAAACCAAAACUAUCCUUCUCUUGACUAUUCUGAAAGGUAUAAAGAUAGCAAGUAUGUUGGGACACCACCUUUCUUUGUAUCGAGAACAAAGGCAGAAAGUUUAGGUGUUAAGUUUACUACAGCUGAGGAAAGCAUCAAGGACACUGUUGAAAGCCUAAAAGAGAAGAAGUUUCUAAGCUUCUAAAACACCUGAUGAUGUUUUCUAGAUUUGUUUGAAGUUACCAAAUGAACAAUGUAUUAUAUCGUGUCUACUGUUUUCAACUCUGUUAUAAAUAAAAAAUACAAUGAUCAUGUUACACAAAUUAUCAAAAUAAAACUGAACCACAUGGUUUGUCACA